CGGAAGCGGCCGGCCCACCAUGGCGGCUCCUUCACGGUGGCCUCAAGGGCUGCUUGUGGCCCUGCGGUUCCUGCCCGCGCGCCGCGCUCUGCACGACGCGACCCCAGCGCGAGACGUGCUGCUCUUCGAGCAUCAGCGGGGUCGCUUCUUCGCCGUCCUCGGGCUCUUCUGCGCCGGCCAGGGCAUCUUCUGGGCCUCCCUGGCCGUGGCAGCUUGGUCUGCACCCCCGGCUCGGGCGCGACCCCUUGAUGCAGAGGCCCCAGAUCGCGGCCGUUUGGACCUGCGCGCUGUGCUCUGGCGCUACGGGCUGGCGGUCGGCUGCGGUGCCAUCGGGACCCUGGUACUGGGUGCUGGCCUUCUCUUCUCUCUCCGAUCUGUGCGUUCAGUGAUACUUCGAGCAGGAGGGCAGCAGGUGACCCUGACCACUCAUGCCCCUUUUGGCUUGGGGGCCCAUUUCACCGUCCCCUUGAACCAGGUAUCCUGCAUGGCCCACCGAGGAGAAGUCCCUGCCAUGCUGCCUCUGAAGGUCAAAGGCCGUCGCUUCUAUUUCCUCUUGGACAAAGCUGGACACUUCCCCAAUGCUCAGCUCUUUGACAACACUGUGGGUGCCUACCGGAGCUUGUGAAGAAACCACCUUGGGUCAUUCACCCCCUCCUAGAGGGAGAUUUAGAAAAAAGGAAAAAAACAAAACAACCUUAUGGAUGGGGUGACAACAGGGUCCCGAAAGGGAACCUAAAAUUCAACAGUAACAAUUAAAAGAGGAGUUGUCCAAAGGGAAUCUGCCCGAUCCAUGCCUGUUUAGCCUUCACUCCUUCCUACCACCUACUUGUUUUAAUAUCAAGAACACAAUGCCAAGAUGAAGAAAGUAAUGUAAUAUUUUGGUACAAAACAGCUAUAGGAAGAAGGUGGAGAGGGGCCUGUUACCUUUCCCUCCUGGAGGGAAAACUGAGGCUUUCAGCACAAACAGGGCUGUGUGGGGACAAGAGGAUUACAGGCACUUGGGCACAAAGUCUUUGGCUGCAGAAUGCACUCUGGUUACUCUUCAGGAAUGGGAUGCGCGUGGCCCAACAAGAACAUCUGUCUCAGAGCUCCACUCAGGGUCUCCCCUCUCCAGAGGCCGGUAUGGGGUGGCUUCGGACUUCCACUGCAUGACCUGGAGCACCAAGACCACACACCACAACACCAGAUUCACCCAUGAAGAGGUCUGCGGGAGACAGAACAGGAAUGUGAGGAGUCAUUCCAUCUCAGAUCCAGUCCUUCCACCCCCACACCAGUCUGCCAGGCUGACAAGCCCCUCAGCUCCUCUUAGCUUGUCAGUGGUGGGCCAAGCUUAUGUCCAUUGGCGAGCACCCUUAUAGCUACUUGUAUGAAUCUUUCAGUGUGUCUCUGGGUCUCACUUCAGCAUUGUGUAGGUUGGAGUAAAACUGCAAAGCUGUUCCAGGGGGUGUCCAUGGGAUUUUCUGAGCUUCAGAGCAGCUGUGAGGUCAAAGAGACAGUUAUGAGAAAAGAAGGGAGAUAUACCCUAAGCACACCUGUACCCAUGUGUCCUUUAAGGUGGAGAGCAACAGACAGGGUUAAAAUGAGAGGUUACAGGACUUACCCUCUGCAGCCAGGCUUUCCUCUCUCCCUCCCCCAUUACCUAAUUGUACUGUUUAGGGAGAUGAUGGAAUUGCAGAAAGAUCUGGUGCCAAAUCGAAGGAUACAGGCAGACACUAAGACCAGGAAGACGGCUAUAGCUGAGAUGGCCAGUGCAACGCGGAGCCCUAUGAGACCUCUGGGGGAGAGAACAAACUUCGUGAUUGAGAUAAGCUUCAACCCACCUCAGCCCCUGGUCCCUGGGGUGGGGCAUUCACCUUUGUGAGUCCUCGAUGCAGCUGCUGUAGACCCAGAAGAGCAGAAGCAGGAGGCAGUAGAGGGCCAGGAAGCCAGAAGCCCCAGCCACAAAGUAGCAGAGGGAUGGGGCCGCGGGAUGGGAUAAGGCCAGGGUGGAGCCAUUCAGGGCGGUCACACCAUACAACGGACAGCUACCCCUGAAGGAGCCCUGUGGAGAGAAGCUGCUAAUUCUCAGAUUUCAGUCAGUGCCUCAGGAUGCAGGUUCCCGGCAGGUGUUAGGAAUAACUAGGCCAGGGCCACAACAGAAGUUAGGUGUGCAUUGUUAGUUCCUAUUUUUGGGAAACUGACAGCCUGUCUGGGAACCAAAACCCGCAGUGGCCAGAAUGAUCAGGAAGUAGGCAGUGGUUAUAGAACACAAAGAGCUUCAGAAGUCUCACAAAUUUUGGUUGAACUUCGUGCAGAAAUCCUAGAGUAAGCCCAAACCUUGUGUAUCUUCAACUAGUACCUCCAAUGUUUUCUACUCUGUAGGAGGCACCCUAGUGCCUGCUUUGCAGUGAUUUAAUAUUCCCACGUUAACAAGAUUGCCUAGCAGCAGUAGACAAUUCAAGUUUCACAGGGCUGUUCUGUCACUUAACAGAGUCCCAAGUGUGGCUGCUAGAUCAUCUUCACUACGCUGCUUCCCUUCUCGGAUAGCUCAGCACGAACGGCUGCCGGUCCAUCCAUGGACGCAGGACCUGGGCUGAGGUCUCAGAACCAGGGGUCACGCGGAGGGAAGCACUGGCUCUAGGUGGUGCGGCACGACGCUCCCGGCGUCCGGUCACUGUCUAGGGAACGCCUCGGUAGGACCCGGCCGGGUCGAGCCAGAGCACGAGCGUCGUUGCAUUUCGGCCGCAGACUGGCGGCCCCCGGCCCCCCGCCCGGGCCCGCCCGCGCCCGCCCGCAGCCGCACCUGGGUCCGGGUGAGCGCCGCGGCCGCCACAGCGCCGCACAGGAAGGCGGCGGCGAACAGCGCGAGCUCGACGCGCUGCAGCCAGGGCAGCGCCAUGGCGCCCAGGCCCCGGGAGGCAGCGCCGCGGAGCCGGCCGCCCAGCCCCGCCUCGUCCGGCGCGACCCAGGGACGCGGAGCCACCACUUCCGGGCGCGACAUUUAUUUGGGAGGCGGGGACGGCAGCCUCAGAGCGGCAGGUACAGCGAGUAGUCCGAGAGCGCCCAGCGACGGGCCGGGCGGCCGGUGCGGCCGAUCAUGGGCAGCUUCUGCACGUAGCGGGAGGCCGGGCCCGGCCCGUAGGGCGCGGGGAAGGCGGUCUGGAAGAGGCGCCCGCGGCAGCGUCGCCCCGCCUGCCGCCCGGCGAUGAUGAAGCGGAAGUGCGGGGCGCCGCGCGGGGCGAAACGGCUCUUCUGGAAGACGUCGCGCGUGCCGGCGCCCGGGCCCUGCUGCCGGGGCGGACCCCGCGCCCGGUGCACGCGCGGCAGCGGCCUGCCCUCCGGGGGCGCGGGCGCCGAGGCCGACGGGGGCCCGCCGCCGCCCCGCGGGCUCUCGUCGCCCUGCGGGCUGACCACCGCGCUGGCCGUCAGCUGCGGCAUUUUCCGCACCGAGUCCGGGGCGGCCGCCGGCUCUUUCUUCUCCCCGGGCGGCCUCGGGGCGGUGGGCGCAGGCUGGCCCGUGCCGAAGCGGAUGGCCAAGCUGUCACCGAAGAAGGCGUAGAGCUCCCGGUAGAUGUCCGCCAGGGUCACUGAAGGAAAGGGGUCUUCAGGCCCCGCUCCCCCGGGUGGCAGCGGGAGGCCAGACCCAAAGCCUGGCUCCGCACCGCCACCGGAGGGCGACUCCUGCAGGAGAAGGCUGUCCCAAGGCAGGUCCUCGGAGCGCCGGAGUCCCCUGCCGCCUAGGCCGCCCGCGCUGGGCUCUGCUGCCUGCGCCUUCAUCUUCAGCAGUCGCUCCACGGCCACCUGUAGGAGCCAGGGACUGCGAUGAACCUGAGCCCGUCAGGUACUCCGCAGGAAGCGUGCCGAGCUCAUGCCGGGAAGGGAGGUUGGAAGGGGCUGAUACUCACCAAAAUGGCUCCGUAAACUUUGUGUCCAUCUGCUUUGACCUGGGCAUUAGAUACAGAAUAAUCAUCCAGUACAGCCUGCAGGUUUGUCCAGUAGGUAGACAGGUGUGGGUACAGGACUCUUUCUACUGCCUAGAAAGAAGAAAUGCAAUAAGCGCUUCUUUGUUGUGUUGCUUACUGCCUUUCAAGUACCCUUUCCUAGGAAAGACCUAAUUUUAUCUCUGAUCCUAGACAGGGCUCAGUUCUCCUAUAUUCUGAUUGGGAGAGUCAACCAACGUUUAUUUGGAACCUGCUAUAUGCCCAAGGCUUUGCUAAGCAAUGGGGAUUAAGAUUUAAGUCAGACAAUAUGAAGUGACCCCACCAUUACUGCCACAUUUGCCAGAGGCUAAGACGGCAUAAGUUACAAUCAUUGCUAGCGACACAGAUUAAGGGUUUGCAGACUACAGUGAACACAAUCAUUAGACAAGUUCUGUUCUCAUUUAGAUGUAAAGUGUAAUUUAAACCAUCUGCACAAAAACACCAGAGACACAGACUCUAUACAAUUUUAAAUCUUGUAAUUAAUUUGGGGAAAUACAAUUAAGACUUCACAGAGGAAAUGACAUUUGUUGGAUAAGGCACAUUUUGGUCAUGUGUGCACAGCAUGAAUAUUUGAAGAUGUUGACAAAACUCAAAAUUCCUAGAAAAACUAUAACUUACUGCUGACUCACAAGAAAUAUGAAAGUUAAAAUAUUUGAAAGACAUUGAAACAGUGGUUAUGUUACAAAGAAAACCAUGCCAAAAUUUACAAAGGUCUACCCAAAAAAAAGUAAAAAAAGGUUAUCUCAAUUUAUAAAAACAAAUAUUUAAAAAACUAAUCUUUGCUGCUUCAUUCUGUGUGGCCAAUACAAUCCUGAUGCUAAACCUGGACAAUACAUGAGAGAAACAUAAUUGAUUUAACUCAAUAUAAAUACUUUUGCUGGGCAUGGUGGCACGUGCCUGUAAUCCCAGCAGCUGGGGUGGUUGAGGCAGGAGGAUCAUGAGUUCAAAGCCAGCAACCUAAGUGAGGCCCUAAGCAACUUGGUGAGACCCUGUCUCAAAAUAUAAAAUAGGGCUGGAGAUGUUGCUCAGUGGUUAAGCACCCCUGAAUUCAAUCCUGGUACCAUAAUAAGUAGAUAAAUAGUUUUAAACUUUAGCAAACCCAAUAGUAUAAACGUUUUGGGUUUUCUUUAAGACUAAACCAUGGCCAAGUUGAGUUCAUCCUAGAAAUGUAACAAUAGAUAUCAAAAAAUCCAGUUGGUGUGGUGGUGUGCACCUAUAGUCCCAGCUGCUCAGGUGGAUGAAGGAGGAUGAUCACUUGAGCACAGGAGUUCAGUGCCAGCCAGCCUGAACAUAUGGUGAGACUCCAUCUCAAAAAUACAACAAAACAACAAAAAUUAGGGUUUAGCUCAAUGGUGGAGAACUUGCCUAACAUGCCUGAGGCCCUGGGCUCCAUCCCCAGUACUGGGAGAAAAAAUAUAUAUCCAUAAUCACAAUGGCAGAUAAAAGCAGAAAAAUCUUAGGAUCAUUUGAAAAGCAGCACAGAGCCAGGUGCCGUGACAAUCCUAUAAACUCACCUACUCAAGAGACUGAGGCAGGAGGAUCACAGUUGCCUCAGCAACUUAGCGAGGCCCUAAGAAACUCAGUGAGACUCUGUCUAAAUAAAAUACAAAAAGUGGGUGGGGAUGUGCCUUAGUGAUUAAUGCCCCGGAGUUCAAUCCUUGUUACCAAAACUAAAUAAAUAAGAGCGGGGGCUGGGGUUGUAGCUCAGUGGUAGUGCUUGUCAAGCACAUGUGAGUCCCUGGGUUUGAUUCCCAGCACCACAUAAAAAUAAUAAA